AUGGCCAAUUUUUGGGCUCAGCCCCUCACGUUAUGGAUGAUGUUUUUUCUCCCAUCUUGAACAGACCAUGAUCCAGGCUGAUGCGCCUUUUCGUCCCCUUGAAAGUGUAUAGCUUCUUAUAUUAAAGGGGACAAGCCUGCUGUCGAUGGUCUACCUCUAGAGGUGUACGGUUCUGGUGUUUGGUAGCCUGAAUUUGAUCACAAGGAUUCUCUUCCUGUUUUCCUUGUGAUCGAAAUCAGGUUACCAAAUACCAGAACCAUUCAAGAGGUGAGAAAAAACAUCAUUCAUAUACGUUCCAGAUCGUCCGCUCUUUCUCCCACCUGAACUUCCAGAUCGUCCGGUCUUUCUCCCACCGGAACUCGUAGCCACAGCAACUAGCACAGCAUCUGAACCCACUGGGACAGCAUCUGAGAGCCCAGCAUCUACAACUUGCAGUGGACCGACGUCAUCGUCGCCUGCAACCUCUUCUCAUCACCCGUCGCCUGCAACCUCUUCUCAUCACUCGUCGACCGCAGCUUCUUCGGGUCGUGCACCAUCUCCGUGCUCUGCACCACAACUUGAAGUCGGCGAAUGCGGAACCUCAUCUCAUUUGCACAUCCAAGAUGAACGCACCAGUUGCUUUGGUCAUCGUCGUAGCCCGGGCACUGCCUCUUCUAAGGUUUCUCUAUCUUCCGAAGCAACGCCAUGUGGUGGUGGUAUACUUAAGGCUUCCGGGAAUCCAUCUUCUGGAAAAGUGAGAGCAAAAUUAAGAGAGCUUGAAAGCAAAAGGAACAUCAACAAGCUUGAUCCGAUUAUCAUAAGAAGCAUCUUAGGCAGAUUGCCGAGUAGAUUCACGUCAUCAUUAUAAGAAGCACCUGAGGGCACCGGGGCACCCCUCUAGAAGAAAAACAGACCCAAGAUGAGUCUCAAGAUGGAUUCCGGAAAGGUCUAAUAUCACACCAAGCAGCGAUGGUUCUGCUGGCCUCAUCAAGGAAUCAGGUGGGCUAUUUUAUAGACGGAAAGGUGGAACAGGAACACGUAAAAGUGAAGAUGUGAGAAGACCGACUUCUGCGGAUGUUGUGCUGCCCCAGAAUGGUAAUGGAGGUGUAACAAGUGAUCAACAAGAAACAAAUCAAGAGAGUCCUGAAAAUGCAUCAUCCACCACAGAAGCACAGCAGCCACGUGGUAUUAUUGGUCGUGUGUGGAGAGGUUUGAGUGAAAACCGUUUACUCGUUCUGUUUGUAAUCGUUACGCACACUCUUUUUCCACCUCGCAGACGACCUUCCGAUGUAGCGGGAAGGCGUCUUCAUGAUCACGAAGUCGGAUGUUCAGCCACAGACUGCGUCGCGACGACUUCUAGAGAUCACUCAAGAAGUACUUCUAGUAGGCCUUUUUUUCUUCCCUCUGCGUUUUGGAAUCUAGACGGGGCAGAGCCAAGCGAGAUUCUAGCUGGUAGUUUCAGAGCAUUUUUGAAUUAAGGCAUCUCAAAUUUGAGAAUCUAUUAGACUAACUAUCAACAGGUUAACAACGAUUAAUUUUUUAGUUUAGCACUUAUAUUACCCCAUGAUUGGGUACAGAACUACAAUUACCACUAGCCACUCACCAGGUUCCUCUUAAAAGCAGCUAGGAGAUGUUCUUGAUUUAAGUGAGCAGGCCAUGGGCCUAAAAGCCAACUAAAUCGUUUACAUCACUUCUCUAUCUUAAUAGGGAAGCUGCCGAAUAGGUUCAAAUCAUUCAAGUCGCGUAUUCCACCAUUCUAUCGGUGAUGGGUUGUCCUUCUCUCGCUCUCUCUAAAAAUAUCUUCCUGAAGAUACUACUUCCGACUACUCUUCUUGAUAUUACUAAUAGAUGUGGAUCAUUUCCAUUUCCAUCAUAGGCACAUCAAUCAAUCAAUCAAUUUCCAUCAGUUGUUGUAGUGGGUUCUCUGACUCCACUCUCUAAUAUCGUCCUGAAGCAGCAGCAGGGGAGAGUGAGGCGGACGACAGACACCGCAAAUACAUUCUAGCAUCUGCUAGCGGAGGAUCGGUUUCGCAUGUUGACAACCACACUGCAG